AUGGCGGACAUGGAUUUACGGACCGUCGGUGUAUUUUUCGCUUGCUUUUUCGGAACAAUUUCAGCGCAAUGCGCAGAUAAACUAGUGUUUGACAGCGGAAGUACACCAAAAACAGGGGUCAAGGUCACAACAUCUUCAGAGUACGGAGCGAAUGACCCCAAUCACGUGUAUGGCCCUUCACGUGUUUUUCUUAACGCUAAAGAAGAAAAAGAUGCAUCUGGUCACACUCUUCUCGGGGGCUGGUCAGCAGCAACACUAGACACAAAACAAUAUGUACAGGUGGAAUUCUCUACCCCUAAGGACAUCAGUGCUGUUUCUACACAAGGUCGUAACGGCUGCUGUAAACAAUGGGUGACAAAAUACAAAGUACAGUACAGCACUGAUUGUCAAACCUGGCAGACCCUUCCCCAGGAUAUGACAGGAAACGUUGACGAGAGUUCCGUUGUGACUCAAACCUUACCAGCUCCUAUCACCGCCAAAUGUGUCCGUAUAAAUCCUACUGCCUGGAACCAUCAUAUCUCAAUGAGGAUGGAUCUAAUUGGCUGUGACGUCACAACUACUACAUUACCGCCCACAACGACUACACAACCAACCACAGUCGCUGUAACAACACAGCCAACCACAGUCGCUGUAACAACACAGCCAACCACAGUCCCUGUAACAACACAACCAACCACAGUUCCUGUAACAACACAGCCAACCACAGUUCCUGUAACAACACAGCCAAUCACGACCGUUAAACCAAUCGUUUCAACAAAUUCUAACCAAGGUACCACUGUCCAAGGUUCGGCAGCUACAGCUGGACAGUCAGCGACGUCCUUGGCUAUAGCACCACAGAAAGCGACAGGUUCAUGUACAGACCAUAUUGUUUUUGAUCCGGCGACGAAACAGCCAUUAAAUGGGGUGGUUGUGACAUCUUCCACGGAGUUCGCGGCUGCUGACCCAACCCACGUGUACAGCGCCGCACGUGGCUUGCUGGACACGGUAGAGAGCAAAGAUCAGUCCGGGAAUGUGUUGAUCGGAGCGUGGGCUGCCGGUACCCUAGAUACUAGUCAAUAUCUCCAGGUGGAAUUUCCGACUCCAAAGACAAUCAGUGCUGUAGCUACACAAGGGCGCCAUGGAUGUUGUAAGCAGUGGGUCACUUCAUACAAGAUACAAUACAGCACUGACUGUAACACGUGGACAACACUUCCCCAGACUUUUACCGGAAACACGGACGAGGAUACUGUAGUGAAUAACACACUCACUGCGCAGGUCACAGCUAAAUGUAUUCGGGUGAACCCUGUCACGUGGAAUCAUCAUAUCGCAAUGAGGAUGGAUAUUAUUGGAUGUGAUUCUACACAAACAACUAUGGCGUCUGCGACAACAACAGCGGCUGCUGUGACGUCAUCACAGCCCCCUUCACAGACUACGUCAGCAGCAUUAACAACAUCGUUACCGGCAAAAUCUAACACCUCGUGUGGUGAUAGCCUGUUGACGUCACCAUAUGGUGCUAGCUUCACUAUGUCAGCAUCGUCAGAAAAGGAGAAAAUAGACCCCACUCAGGUAUACUCCCCUGAUCGUGGCGUUCUCAACCAGAAGGAACUCCUUGACACAAAUGGAAAUCUCCAAAUGGGAGCUUGGUCCCCGGAUACCAACAACGUCAGUCAAUAUUUACAGGUUAACUUCUCAAGUCCUGUCGUCAUCCGUGACGUCACCACCCAAGGCCGCAAUGGCUGUUGCCAAGAUUGGGUCAGCCAAUACAGGCUAGAAUACAGCACGGACUGUGUCACGUGGUUACCAGUCGGCAGUGGAGCUGGCACGACAUUCACAGGGAAUACUGAUCAGGAUACACCAGUUACAAACUCACUCGGCUGUGUAAUCACUGCAAAGUGUAUGCGACUUAUUCCUCUCGUCUGGAACAACAACAUUGCCGUCAGGUUGGAUUUUACCGGCUGUAAGAUCCGACAAAGUCCGGCAGGAGGCGCCACCACCACCGCACCAGUUCCGGUGACACAGUCGGUACCACAGGCGGCCGUCACAGCUCAAGGCUAG